GGGGAAGGUAUUGAAGCGGUAAGAAGAAGCCUAUUUAGGUGGAGUUGAAGGCCGCGCACCACUUCACUCAUGUUAGUUGCAGCAGGCGGAGCUGUAGCAAUGUCAAUUUUGAGCAACAGACGAUCGAAGAGAAGAAGAGGCUCCCUCUUGUGGAGUCUGACCGUAAUCCUGGUAGUCACAUGGAGAGGAGCUUCUGGGGGACAUCAUGGUAAUAACCAAAGUGGAAUGGAAAAAUUAUUAGCAGCUGGUCUCAUUGCCAAAGCCCUUGCUAAAGGUGGAGAGGAAGGCGGUGGAGGAGGAGGUGGAGGUGGACAUCAUUAUAUGCCAAUUCCUGUGCCUGUGCAUGGUGGAGGCGGAGGAGGGCAACAUCACCAUCAUAUUCACCACAAAUAUGUCCCGAUUCCGGUAAAGCAUCACACCAACUUUAUCAUCGCUCAUCACAAAGUACCAGUGCCUGUACAUGUACCAGUUCCUGUUGUCAAGACGAAAGUAAUACAUGUGCCUGUGGAAAAAACAAAAAUAGUACCCAUCAUAGUGCACAAGCCUCAUCAUUAUCCUCACAUGUCUCAUCACUCAGCAUCGACUACCUUAUACACAAAGAAGUAUCCUAAAUCCAGUCGUUCGCAGAUGAGCCAAAUAGCUUUGGCUACAGAUAAUAGAAACAAGCAAGUGAGAAUAACAAGUUUGGGAACAGUUCGACAAGUGAAGAAUCCAUCAUCAAAUUCCACUUCAGUGCAGUUUCAUCGGAAUUCCAGGGUACCAGAUAAAUGGAUUGUUGUGGUAAAGAACAAAAGGAGGCCUAGCAUCCGAAGGAAUGGACAAGAAGCUCUUCCUACAAACACUACUCAGAAAACGUAGCAGGCAAUUUUAAACAACCAACACAGACGGCCAAAUUCUGGAUUCAGGAACGUCGAUGAUCGCUGGUCUUCGUCUAAAUUACAACCGCCGAGCGGUAUAUUAAAGACGGCGCAGGGUUCCAUCAUCCACAUCCACACAUUUUACUGUACAUAAUAAUAACUUUAAUUCAGUGUCUGUGAAACAGUCUACAGAAAAUUUAUUGUAUUUUAUGAGGAACAAAAAUGUAUCCGAUGGGAAUUUCGUACAUGUUGAACAAGUUUUAGUUCUUUAUGCACUUGCAGUUCAGAUUUGUUGAGUUUAAUUGUAAGUGAUUUCGAAGACGACUGGAUUGUCAAAUGAAAGUUAGUUAUACUUCCAUAAUGUGUAGUUUUGGUAAAUAAAAACAACUGCAUUUUA